AUGUUCACAGAGAUUUCUCCUGAUUUUGGGUUCCCUCUAGAAUACAAACCAACAAGUGGAAAUAUCUUUAAGCGUAAGAUAGUCAAGUCAAAAAACAGAAGUUUACAAAAAUUAGUAUUGAAAACCCAAUCUGGAUGGUCUAUUCCUUUUAAAAAUUGUCAUUUAUCACUUAUUGAAGAACACUUUGAGGUUGUGGAAGAACUACAUUUAGUAAAUUUUAUCAUCGACAAUCCUAUUACUUUAAAAAACUUACGUGUUAAUAAAAUUGUAUUUGAUUCGUGUCUAUAUUCUUUCAAAAAAGGCGUUAAAAAGGAAAUUGUCAUGUUUAACAAUGUUCAAGAGAUAGAAUUAAAAAAAAUUACAAAUAGCACAGAACUAUCAUUAAUUGAUUUAGUUAAAUUAAACAACAAAAAUUUCCACCAUCUAACUAUAGACAUUGGCUCAAUGAUUUUUUAUAAUAACCAGGAAUUUUUAUUUUCCAGAUACAAUCCAUUUUUCGAAUUAUUAUGUUCUGGAAUUGGGGGAUACGCAAAACUAGAUACGUUGACAUUGACUGAUUUUGAUUUAUUUUACUACUUGCGUCAUGAAGUUGUCCAUCAGGAUGUUGAUUCAUGGGUAGAACCACCAACUGAUAAUUUUGAAACUUUUAUGGAAUAUAUUUCACAAAUUGCCACACUUGAGAUUGUUCUUAAAAAAUCAUCGGUUAAAGUUAAAACUUGCCUCAAUUGUGGAUUUAAAGAACAACGCCUGGACAGAAAUGUUGAAUCAUUGACGUAUGAUGAAUGGAAAAUUUUCUUAAAACCAUUAAAUAUUAAUAACAAAAACACCAUGAGAAUAUUAAGCUAUGACCAUAAGUUAUUAUACAAAAAUUCGGUGUAUAGUUAA